AUUGAAAAUAUAGAAGGAUUUGCCAGUUUGUAAGUAUGCAGUUUGUAUUGCAGUAACACUGAUACGAUUCAGACCAUACCAAAAAAAAUGCAUUGCUUUCCAUUGUUGGUUUGGUUGCUAAAUCAAAUAUCACGUAGGCAACACUUUGGUGUUGUAUGUCUUGUCUGUCUGUAUCUAUCACAGAUUCCACAUCAUCAUAGAAAAUGAUUUUUCAAACACAACAUUUUAUAAGCAUUGACGAUAAUAUUAUAUUAGCCUUUCAUAGCAUUGAAAAAAAUCAUAAAAAAAAAUUCAAUUACUGUCUCGUUGUAGUCGUUUUUUUUGUUAAAACAACAACUUGAAACAAAAAUCCUGUUCUUAAACAUAGUGGUUGGAAGAUUUCAAUGGAUUUUGAUUCAGAAAAAUUAUAAGAAUUCAUUUUGGUAAAUGUUUAUGAAAAUUCUGUUGGAUAAUUACGAUGAACAGACGCAAAAAAUGUUCAUUCAAUAAAAAUAAAAAUUGUUCAAAUUAUUUAGGAUACACUAUCGAUUAAUUCGUUCAUUCAUUGAACACGUGAUUACCACCAAAAUAUUAUUCAUGUGUUUUCGAUAGUUUUUGAAAUAUAUGAAUUUUAUAUGAAGUUUUUUUUCCUGGAACAAAAUAAUGUCCCAAAAAAUGUUAAUGUUAAAACCAUUCAUUAAUUAUUCAUCAAUAUCGAUAAUGAGGCAAUGUUUUCAUCAUCGCCAUCUUUCAUCACAUCAUCAGAGCUAUUAUAUAGCCAAUUUAAAAAGUAAAAGUUUAUUGACAAUCACUGGAAAGGAUUCUGCUGAUUUUCUUCAAGGUUUAAUUACCAAUGAUAUUCGACAAUUAUCCUGUGAUAAUCAUUCCAAAUAUAAUUCGUCGUGUAUCUAUUCGUUCUUUUUAAACAAUACUGGCCGUAUUAUAGCUGAUUUAUUUGUUUAUCGAUUCAUGACGAAACAAAACAAUGAAAAUAAUGCAAUAAUUUUUUUAGAAGUUGAUCAUCAACUUAGCUCAAUUCUUACUAAACUUUUAAAACGAUACAAAAUUAAAAGUAAAGUAUCAAUUAGAAACACUGAAUCUGAUUGGCAAUGUUAUGCUAUAUUUCCUUGUGUUGCUGAAAAUCAUUCAUCUGAAAUUGUUCGAUUGAAUGAUGAAGAUUCAAAAACGAUACUGAUCAAUGAUCCAAGAAACAAUCAUUUCGGUUAUAAAAUGAUCUCAACAAUUCAAUCAAUUGAUGAAUUGAUAUGUCGUUUGAAUGAAAUGAAUCCUUCAAGUGAAUGGAAAAUAUCCAAAGUGGAUGAAGAUCGUUAUCGUUCGUUUCGAUAUCAAUAUGGUAUUGGUGAAGGUAUUUUAGAUUUUCCAGCUGAAAGUUCUUUACCAUUCGAUGCUAACGGUGAUAUACUUAAUGGAAUUAGUUUUCAAAAAGGCUGUUACAUUGGACAAGAAUUAACUGCCCGAACUUAUCAUACCGGUGUGAUACGUAAACGUGUAAUGCCUAUCAAAAUUAUUGAUCCACCCAUCGAAUCGGAUCAAAUGUUACAGAUGCAAAAUAUCAUUGAUACACAAGGUAAAACUGUUGGACGAUUUCGAUCAAAUUACGGUAAUCAAGGUCUGGCCAUACUAAAAUUUGAUUCAAUUUUAAGUGAUUCCAAACUCAAGUUAAGCAGUACGGGCCAUCGUAUACAAACAUGGCGACCAUUUUGGUGGCCCGAAUCAAUCAUUGAACAACAGAUGAAACUUUCAUCGUCAUGAUUUCAAAAUUGUAAACAUAUGACACUAAUCAUCAUUGUAAUUUAUUAACAAAUAAAUAUUUUAAAUCAAAA